AUGCUCACUUCGGCGCUUCUAAGCAGUUUGGCUGUAUUAGCCUAUUUCUCGUGUAAAGGCCGUGCUUACCCACAUGGAGGGAACGACCUGUAUCAAGUGGUUAUGAACGGUCAAUCUACUUUCAACAAGGGUUCUGCUGAGCAUUCUAUCCCGGGUGACGGUGAAGUUACUGCUGACAGUGUUUUCUCUGGCAUUACAACUUUUGCACACCUUCCGAGCGAGAGGUGUUGGAAGGACAAGGAUGUUGACUACGAUAUUGCUAUUCUUGGAUUGCCUUUCGAUACUGCUACCAGCUACCGUCCCGGUGCUCGGUUCGGACCUGCCGGUAUUAGACAGGGCAGUAAGCGACUUGUUCUUUACGGGGGUUACAAUGUUCCCCAAAACGUCAACCCUUUCAACAGCUGGGCAAAGAUAAUAGAUUGUGGUGACGUCCCAGUCACACCCUACGACAAUGCUCUGGCCAUUGAACAAAUGCAGUAUGGACACAAGGAAUUGUUGCAUCGUACACCGGCCGCACAUCGGUUGUUCCCUGGUACGCUUGCUGCUCAAUUCCCUCGUCUGGUGACUCUUGGUGGAGACCAUACCAUUGUUUUGCCCAUUUUGAGAAGUAUCGCUUCGGCUUAUGGACCCGUUUCCGUCGUUCAUUUUGAUUCCCAUAUCGACACAUGGAAGCCAAAAGUGUUUGGUGGGAAAAAGUCGGAGCAGGGCGCUUACAAUCACGGAACGUAUUUCUACCACGCCUCUCAGGAAGGUUUGAUCAAAAACGGAAGCUCCAUCCACGCUGGUCCCUCUGACUACGACAAUGAUGCACUAUGCGGAUUCCACAUUAUCGAAGCCCGUGACAUUGAUGAGAUUGGUACCAAGGGCAUUGCCGAGAGGAUCAAGAAGGCAGUAGGCGACAAUUUGGUGUACCUCUCCAUCGACAUUGAUGUGCUGGACCCUGCAUUUGCUCCUGCAACUGGCACGCCUGAAACCGGUGGUUGGACUACUCGGGAACUUCGCACCAUUAUCAGGUCUUUGGACGGCGUGAAGCUUGUCGGUGCUGAUGUGGUCGAAGUUGCCCCAGCAUAUGAUACCAACGCUGAGUUGACCACCAUGGCGGCUGCCGAUGUGCUGUUUGAGGUGAUUUCUCUCAUGGUCAAGAACCCAUUGAAAUAA